AUAAUCGGAUUUCUCUCUUCUUUCCACCGAUCUUUGUUCCAACAGAGGCUGAUUGAAGAAGAGAAUAUGUUGGCCCCUUCUCCAAAACAGUUCUCUCUGAGAAUAGAAAUGCUGCCUUCCUACAUACCAGUUCGUGUUGCUGAAAAAAUCCUCUUUGUAGGGGAAUCUGUGCAGAUGUUCGAGAGCCAGAAUGUGGCCCUUACCAAAAAAGGCUCCAUCUUGAAGAAUCAGGAGGACACUUUUGCUGCUGAGCUGCAUCGUCUCAAGCAGCAGCCCCUGUUCAACCUGAUGGACUUUGAGUCUGUGGUUGACUGGAUCCGGAGCACUGUGGCUGAGCACUUAUGGAAGCUGAUGGUGGAAGAGUCCGAUCUGAUAGGACAGUUGAAGGUCAUUAAAGAUUUUUAUCUCUUGGGGAGAGGAGAAUUAUUUCAGGCCUUCAUUGAUACUGCACAGCAUAUGCUAAAGACACCACCGUCAGGAGUGACUGAACAUGAUGUGAAUGUGGCAUUCCAGCAGUCAGCCCACAAAGUGCUGUUGGAUGAUGACAACCUUCUACCUUUCCUUCAUCUGACUAUCCAUUACUAUGGAAAGGAACACCGAGACCCUUCUCAGAACCGUGAAACACCUUCUCGAGAAUUAUCUCCCCAUGAAUCCCCCACUUCUGGCUGGGCUGCUUUGGGGCUCUCCUACAAAGUUCAGUGGCCUUUGCACAUCCUCUUCACUCCUGCCAUCCUGGAAAAGUACAAUGUGGUCUUCAAAUACCUGCUCAGCGUGAGGCGAGUCCAGGCUGAGCUACAGCACUGCUGGGCUCUGCAGAUGCGAUGCAAGUGCCUGGAAUCCAAGCGGACAGAUGCCAUCAAGUGGCGGCUGCGCCAUCACAUGACUUUUCUCGUGGAUAAUUUGCAAUAUUACCUGCAAGUGGAUGUCCUUGAGUCUCAGUUCUCACAGCUCCUUCAACAGAUCAAUUCUACCCGUGAUUUUGAGAGUAUCCGACUGGCACACGAUCACUUUUUGAGCAAUCUUCUGGCCCAGUCCUUCAUUCUGCUGAAACCAGCUUUUCACUGCCUGAAUGAAAUUUUAGAUCUCUGCCAUAGUUUUUGUUCGUUGGUCAGCCAGAACCGAGGGCCCCUGGAUGAGCGGGGUAUGGCGCAGCUGAGCAUCCUGGCUAAGGGCUUCAGCUGCCAGUCCUCCCUUCUGUUCAAGAUUCUCUCCAGCGUCCACAAUCACCAGAUAAAUUCUGACUUGGCACAACUGCUGUUACGCCUGGACUACAACAAAUACUACACUCACGCUGGAGGCACUUUGGGCAGUGUGGGAUUAGAAUGAUUAGCCCACUAACAGAAUCAAUUGCCACAAUUUCCAAGAAGUGUCCCCCUUCCGUAAUGGCAGCAACAUUCCAACCACUGGAGGAGAAUGGAGGCGC